AUGGUAUGUCAAGAGGGUUCCAGAUUCUUGCUCCUCCCCACCGUCGUCUCCGGUCUGAUCGGAUCGGAUCGCGCCGUUAUCCUCCGUCGCCAUGGAAGUGUACGUCCCCUGCUUGGAUCCGCCUCUCCUCCCAACCGAGGACGAGGAAGACGGCGACCACCUGAGCCUGAACUCGGUCAUCCUCGACACCACUGCAUACAUCUCCGCCGAUGCCGUCUCCAACGCCACCACCGCCGCCGGGCGGAUGACCAACGGCGCACCCAUCCAGGUCUCCUUCUGCCUCGCCCGCCCCCCGCGCCUCUCCUACCUCUGCGUCCACUUCCCAGGCCCCGUCCUCGGCCCCCACGUCGGCACCGUCUUCGGGCCCGCCGCCGGCACCCCCGCCGUCCGCUGCGUCAAGUACUGCCCGCUCGUCGUCAGCACGCACGCCGACCUAGCCCUCCUCUGGGUCACCAUCCCGGGCUCCGCGUCGUCGACGACCCCUCCACCUUCGACUACUUCGUCUACACGGCCCGUCCGCGCCCGGGCGCCUCCGACCUCCACCGGCUCCCGAAGCCCACCAAAGGCUUCCGGGACCAGGAUACCGCCAUCGUGCGCUGCUCCGACUCCCGCUACGUCAUCACCGUCCUCAGGAACACCCUCGCCCCCCUCGAGUUCAGGCUCCAGCUCUACGACUCCGACACACAACGCUGGACUUCCAGGCUGCUGCGGGUUCAGGAGCCGGAGAGGGACAGGGUGCUCCCCAUCCCGGACUCGGCCACCGAGCUCAGCUUCCACAGAAGCACCAAGACCAUCGCGCUCGGACCCACCACCGUCGGCUGGGUGGAUCUCUGGAGGGGCAUCCUCUUCUGCGACGUGCUCGAUGAAAGGCCCGUGCUCCGGGACAUGCCGCUGCCCAAGCCUGCUAGGUGCAACAGGGGCUACUUCUGCAGAGGAGGCUCGAGUGGCCGUCGGGACAUCACCGUCGUCACGCUCCCAGACCAAUCGCAGUCGCAGGUGAACCUUAUCAAGUACGUCGAGAUGGGAACUCGUCCUGGCAAUGUGAUCCCAUCAUCUCGUCGGCAGCUAGCAGGUGCACCACUCCAGCUCCAGCUCUGACGACGAUGAUGUUGUCCGUGACUACUGGACAGCCACCAUCUGGACUAUGCCCGUGCCGAUUGCUUCAUGGAAGGAUUGGCACAAGGAUUGCACAAUCGAUGUCGGAAACAUGGUCAUUGAUAACCCAAGGCAUUGUGUGCUGCUCCUGGCCGCGCUGCCAGGGCUGACUGUUGAUCCAGAGGAGGGGGCGGCGGUGACCUUGAGUAGACUGCUCGCUUCUCAUCCAACCUUGGGGCUUGGCAUGGAUGGUGAUGUCGCCGUUUACUUCCUGUCCAAGGUGGAUCGCAAUGCCCGUGAGGGAUGGGUCAUUGCUGUUGGCACCAAGGACAAUAUGCUGCAAGGCAUCGCCAAGCUUGACGACAGGAAAAACUUUGCCUUUAGACGCUUCUACCGUCCUACUGAGAUCUCCAAAUAUCUGACCAAGGCUACUGGUGAGGGAGGAAGACUUGUAAGAACCAGGUUGAGUCGUAGCAAGUAGACAAAAGGCUUUAAGGUGUGGUCUAUGAUGAAGCUGGUGAGCAGGUAUAAGAUGUAAUUUUUGGGGCUAUUCAGUAGCUUGCUUGUCAGAGCAAAUUGUGGGGUGUGACUGCUGCUAGUUCAUUUGUCUCACCUCUCUGUUAGGCAGUGACAUUAUUAUUCAGGGAUCGGAAUCUGUUAUUUUACCAGUUACCAUGUACUA